GGAGGGGGAAGAAUUGGUAUUUUGAGCCGUGUUGAUACCUUAGCUAUAUAGUUCUUGUGAAGUCUUCUGUAGACAUAGAUUCAAAAACCAUGACAAGAAACACUAUGAAAACUAAACUCUUUCCUUUUGGCAAUUUGAUGUCGAAUCUUGCCCUACUUCUGAGCCUCUCAGAAAAUCUGGCCUGCUGACCUCUGCAGUGCCUCCUUCGAAUUAUCCCAGGGCACGGCCCGAAGAGAUUUUGUUCCAACAGCCUUGCAGGGCCGGGCCUGGUCAGUGGCAAGGGGAGGAACGCUUAGGAACGUCAUACCCCCUUCCCCUUAAUUUCCAUGGAAGAAAGGUUACAUUCUUGCCCGCCCGAGCCUGGUCCUGAUGCUGGAAAGGGGGGAACAGCCCUGCAUGAGCAACAGCAAGAACGGCGUGGCCAGCAACCCUCUGAACAGCAGCAUUGGGGAACCGCAGGCCCUGAAAGUGAACGCCAAGUCUCCUUCGCCCACGGCCCUGUCUUCCCCGCCCACCACGGAGUCCCCCAAGCCAGCUCGUCCCCGCCGCCCACGGCCUCCAGCUGUGUUGCCCUCUGAGCGCCCCUAUCAGUGCAAAGACUGUGGCAAGCGCUUUGUGUACCGCUCCAAGCUGGCCACACACCAAUGGACCCACUGCGCCGAGCGCCCAUACAAAUGCCCCGAUUGCCCCAAGAGCUUCAGUUACCCGUCCAAACUGGCCGCCCACCGCCGCACGCACACCGGCGAGCGCCCUUACCCCUGCACUCUCUGCCCCAAGCGCUUUGGACACCGCUCCAAGCUGGCUGCCCACCAAUGGAUCCACACGCCGGAGCGCCCCUACAAAUGCGCCGAUUGCCCCAAGAGCUUCUGCUACCCUUCCAAGUUGGCAGCCCACCGCCGCACGCACACAGGGCAACGUCCGUACCCCUGCAACCGCUGCGGGAAGAGCUUUUGUUAUCCAUCCAAGUUGGCUGCCCAUCAGCAGAUCCACGUGGCAGCUGCGGCGGGGCGCCCCUACCCGUGCAUGCGCUGCAGCAAGAGCUUCCGCCAGCUCCGCAACCUGACACUUCACCAGCGGGUGCACGAGGAUGGGGAAGUGGGGGAUGACUUAUCCCAAAACAAGGGCCACAGCAAUGGAGAGAGGCCCUAAGGCUGAGCUCACAAGAGUCCGGACAACAUGGGGGCAAAGGGAGGAAAUUAGCUAAUUUGGAUACUUGGUGAGUGCAGUGGAAUCAUUGUAAAUAAUAAGGGAGGGAUGUUUGGAUUACACAAAGAUGCCCUUUGAUGACCCAUGGUUUCACAGCACUUGUGCUUAGGGUCUUGCCACGGCUUUCCGCUCUGCCAAGUUGAUCACCACCACCCCAUAGCCCAAGCUGUUUAUACCAUGCUAAAAAAAAAAAAAAGCCAAAAUGUGUGGUAAGAGAAGCCCAGUUCCACACUAAGCAAUGGCAUAUUCUGCAACCCUAACAAGUUCUGCAAAGUUGUGCAUCGGUGAGCCGUGAACCUAGAGUGCCAUGGUCUGCUGCCUCACCACUGCACAGAUACCACAAACAAACAAACCACCCAAGCAAACCAAACCUCUGAUUGCCAGUUUCAAAAGAAGCUCACAUAACAUCAUGGAAAGUGAAUGGAUAUGCACAAAUCUUUCGUAGCCUCACGGAAAGCAGAAGUUUGCAUUUUCUUUGUAUGGAGGGGAAAAACCCCAACCAUUGCCAAGGCUGUAUGUUUUCUGUGCUCAGCUGAUGCAUGCUUGCAUUGAAAUGUAGAAAUCAUCAUCCCUACAACUGAAGGCUCCACUUAAAUUAGAAUCUGCAAAUCUGCUGUUUCUGGGAUGUACACUGGUUGUAUACUGUGGCCUAGCAAACCCUGUUUUUGCAUCCAAGCUGUGGCUUAAAAGAAAGGGGGGGGGAGGUUUCUCACACACACUGGCAUACCACAGUCUCAAGCUGGCAUCAUGGGUGCAGUUUAAGAAAACACGUUUCUAGGCCUUAUGAAGCCAGAGAUAAGUCUGAAACCAUGGUUGCAAUUCCUGUGAAAUAGUCAAAAGGGGGCAGCUUAAGUUGGAAGAAUCAGCAAGUUGGGGGAAGGGUUGUGCACUCUGUACAGUUGUGGGCCCUCCCACUGAGAAGCAGUAGAAUAAUUUUGCAAAUGUGUGCUUUGUAUUCAGGCUGCCAAUUGUUUUACUGCCUUUUUUUUGUUUUGUUUUUUUUGCUUUUCUUGGCCUAGAAUCUGACCCGAGCCAGCUACUGUUGCGGGCAGCUAGUCGCACAUAAAAAUUGGUGGGACCGGAAAAUUGUUCCUAAUUGCAUCAAGAGAUGGCCCUGGCCACUUUGACAGAGGAGCCUGCCUGUGGCUGAAAGCUGCUUAUGCACACAGGUUUCUGUUUCUGGAUGAGGAUGUACUAAUUUUGUUUUUCAUCAUGUGGUAUACACAACUUUUUACAGCCUGAUUCCUUUGCUUCUGCUGUGUGGCCAUUUCACCACAUAUGCCUAGAGAGGCAGAACCACCCUCCUGUCCUGUCCUAUCUCCUCACCCCAGUCUUCUGGGGUUACUAUCUUGGUUGAAAUGUUGGAUUUCUCUUGACACACACCAGUCCUGUCUCCAUUUUCUAGACACAAGUCUACCUUCUACCUAUAUUUUUGGAUGAAUUCUGUACAAACGCUUCCUUCCUUGUGACAUUUGCCAAAGUACCUUUUACCUCCCCCCCCCUAAACAAAAUUGAUUCCCCACUCUUUGGGGUAAGCAUUUGUUCAGAUUGUUGCGGGGGGGGGGUUGAUUGAUCCAUGGUCUGUUUGUAGUCGAUACUAAAAAUAGAACUCUGCUGGGAGCCUGGAGGGUUUUUUUGUCUUAUUUUUCUUGAAAAAAAUUAAUAAAACAUAUGAAAGCUAACAGAUUUGAGGUUCAGCUGAACUUGGAAUAUAGGAUAAAUGUAGUCUUUAGACAAAACCUGCAGAGGAUGGGUCUAGCACCAGUUUGCAACUGCUAUGGUUGGAGGCAGCCUACUUCUGUGUAUCAGAUG